AUGAUGCUGUUAGGAACUCAGCUAUUUACUGAUAAGUCCGACAACCGCAUUCACAUUAGGUGGCUCCCAUACGUGGCUAGACUUGAGGACAUGGAUGGGUACAGUUGGGAAUCAGCUGCUCUCUCAUGGGGGUUAGGAGGGGUUGGGAAGCUGAGUAUGGUUAAAGAGCUAAGAAAGAAACAGAAACUGAAUAUGUUAGGUUUGGUUGAGUCUAAAAUGCAAGCUGUGACUAAGUUUGAUGUAGCACGAAUUUGGGGGAGCGAUGCUGUGCGGUGGGAGUUUGUAGGAUCGGAAGGCACGUCUGGGGGUCUCCUGUUAAUGUGGGAUGACUUGCUGUUCAGAAUGAAUAACUGUUACAAAGGAGAGAGAUGGUUAUGUGUUGAAGGAAUACUUUUGAAAAAUGAAUUUUGUUGUGCUUUCUGUUUGGUAUAUGGUGCUCAUAAUAGAAUAGAAAAACUUGCUGUGUGGGAGGAACUGAGCUUUAUAGCGGGCUUAUGUCAAGUUCCGAUAUGCUAUAUGGGUGACUUUAAUGAGGUUCUACAGGUUGAAGAGAGGAAAGGUCAGGACAGAUUAACUGCGUCAGCAGAAGAUUUUAAGAGUUGGGUCCAAGAUAUGCAGUUAGUGGACUUACCUUUGACUGAUCGCAAAUAUACAUGGUUUAGAGGCCGCUCUUGCAGUCGUAUCGAUAGAGUUUUAGUCAGUGUUGAAUGGACGGAGGAGUUCCCAGAGAUUCGGUUAAAAGGGGGUCCAAGAGGCCUAUCAGAUCACUGUCCAAUUAUAGUUCAGAAUACCAGGUACAGAGGUGGUUCGCGUCCCUUUCGAAGCUUAGAUUGUUGGUUUACACAUGAAGGCUUCCUAAGAAUGGUUAGGGAGGAAUGGAGGAAUCUUGGUAUAAGGACAAAUUUGGGGACAUCGAUAAGAAAAUUCAGCAACUCGAGGAGGAGAUCAGGAAGAUAG